AUGACGAGAAAAGUUGCAAUUAUUAAUAAUUAUAAUGAAAUCACGAAUCAAGUUCAAUGUCGAGAAAAACAAAAAAACUUGGUAAAACAGGUAAAUGAGCUAAUGGACACGAAAAAAGGAGUGUUAGUAAUGGACGAACACGCUUUAGCUUUUGAUUUUUUUCUUUCAUUGAUCAAUCGAAAAAACCAUUGGGAGAACAGGCGGCAUUUUCGUCAAUUCCUUAUCACACCUCCUCUACAAGAACAAUUUUCAGCAGCUGUUUUAUCAGAAGAAUUUACGAAACAAAAUGACAAUCAUGCUGUCGAGUUCAUUGAUAUACUUAAAGCAAAAGGAUUAACAGUUGGAAUUCGUUUGGAUAGUGAUAUAUCAGAAAUAUUUGGAUCUGUUGGAGAAUAUAUAGGCACAGGAGUAAAUGAAGUGGUCACGCGUUUGAAUAAGUAUAAGGAAAGCGGUUUUGUAUAUUCAAAAUGGCGAAGCGUUUACCAAAUUAAAGAAAAUUCUCCUACACUUUACAAUACUGAAAAAAUAUCUUACAUACUAGCCACAUUCGCGGCCAUGUCACAGGAAUGUGAAUUAGUUCCGAUAAUAAGUGUAGAAGUAGUUCCAGAUGGCGCUGAAGACAUUUAUAAAGCCGCAAAAGUCUUAGAGAAGAUACUGAUUAAUUUGAUAAAAGCAUUAAAUGAUUUUGAUGUUUUACUUGAAGCAACAAUCUUACAAGUAAGUUUCGUCCAACCUGGUCGGAUGAGUAGUAAUUUUUCCAUUUCACCCGAAGAGAUAGCUGAACAAACAUUGGAAGCUUUCAAGAAAAGUUUACCGGUAGGUUUGGGAGGGCUGAUGUUUCAUUCGUCCGGUCUCAGUGAAGAAAAUGCUACUCAAACACUAAAUCAUAUAAUGCUAAAAAAAAAAGAAAAUGAAUCUAUGGUUCCAUGGAAAAUGACUCAUUCCUUUGGGAGAGCUCAAAAGGCUUCAGCGAUUAUGACAUGGAAAGGUGAUCCUGAAUUUGAAGAAGCUGGUCAAGCAGAAUUGAUGGCGCGGGCAAAAGCCAACAACGAAGCACUUUUGGGAGAAUAUACUGCAGGAAAAGUACAAGGUUCUAAUUCAGAACACGAUUUGUUUGUACCUGAUUACAUUUUCUGA